UCAUCCCCAAAAAGGAGUUUCAUUGAAGGCAGUGGCAGUGCCUGCGGAAGUAAACCCUAAACCCCAGCACGGUGGUCAUCGCGGACUCAAGGGAAUUAGCGCUUGAGAUCUCUUUCUUGGUGUUCCCAUUCCUUGCAAGCUGGGGAUCCGUCAGUUGAUCUCUUCGCUUCCACUUCAUUGGAAGAUGAAUAUCUUCAGGAAGAAGCCCUCAGCUAAAGAAGAGUUGAGAACAAGUAAGCGAGAAAUGGCUGUUGCGACUAGAAAUAUUGAACGGGAGAUCACGGCUCUGCAAUUGGAGGAGAAAAAAUUGGUGGCCGAGAUUAAGAAGACAGCAAAAACUGGAAACGAGGUUGCUACGAAAAUUUUGGCCCGUCAACUUGUGAGGUUGAGACAACAAAUUGCCAAUCUGCAAGGAAGCCGUGCACAGAUAAGAGGUGUUGCAACACAUACACAGGCUAUGUAUGCCAACACUUCUGUUGCUGUAGGAAUGAAAGGUGCUAGCAAAGCAAUGGCUGCUAUGAACAAGCAAAUGGCACCAACCAAGCAGGCAAAAGUGAUGAAAGAGUUUCAGAAAGAAUCAGCACAAAUGGAUAUGACGAUGGAAAUGAUUUCAGAUGCCAUUGAUGAUGUUUUGGACAAAGAUGAAGCUGAAGAAGAAACAGAGGAACUCACAAACCAGGUUCUGGAUGAAAUUGGGGUUGAUGUGGCUUCGCAGUUGUCUUCUGCUCCAAAAGGACGCAUUGCUGGCAAGAAAGUCGAAAACAUUUCUACUGGCUCAAAUGUUGAUGUUGAUGAUCUCGAGAAGAGGUUGGCAUCACUUCGGCACAUGUAAUAAUGGAUUCCAUCUUCUAUGUAGAUCUCUUGUUAGCGAUGGAUUCUUUUCAGAUUGUAUCCUCAUCAAACAUUAGGACCCAAAUAAAGGGCGUUGCUAUAUAUAACAAAAGGUUACUUUAUAGGUUUUAUGUAAAUCGUUUUCUUUGA